GUGGCUCCGCGCUGCUCUCUGCAACCGGCUGAUCUCCCCUUGUGUAAGCCUCUUUGAACACUCUGCAGCACCUACACACCGCUCCGCUUCUCAAUUCAAGUGAUGCCGCGCUGUUUGUGAUGGCGGUAUGGUCGUCUGCCGUCGCCGCCCGUGUGGCGUCUGUCGGUCUCCUGACCCUGGUGCUGCUGGUGCUGGGCGCCGUGAGCUACUGGGUCGUGCACGCAGCGACCUCCACAGACAGCGCUGCAACUGAGGACACUGGCAGGGAUCGAGGCAAGCACAGGCGCACAUCUCUGGAUGCGUUGUGUCCAUCGUGUUUUGAGUGUGUUGUCAGGUGGGCGUGCUCUUCUUCGUCGUGUGUCUGCGUCUGCUGCCGUGGUCAAUGUCAGGGAAGAUGGCACAGGUAGGUGGGCAGGCACACAGUCAGAGAAAGAGGGCAGGGCAGCAGCGGCACUCACUCAUCCACUCGCUGUCCGCGCCUGUAUCUGUAUCUGUAUUCGUCAGGUGCUGACACUCCAGUGCGUCGUUUGCAGAAGAGCCCGGGUGUGCAGAUUACUCGGAUAGCCAGAAGCAAAAGGUGAGGAGUACAAUGGAGGGAGGGCAGAAGUGUGCACUUCAAGCUUCUUAUGCGUGUGUUGGCACACCCGCAGUGGUCCUGUGUGCCGCCACACACACAGGCAGCAAAGCAUCCCUCUCAUCUGUCGUGCGCGUGUCUGUGUGUCAGGUUGUGCCCCGUCUUCUCUCGGCGUGUGGAGCUGUAUCGUCGACACACCCACACACCCGGCACAACCAUAGAUGAAGGUGCCACUGAGCAUGUAGAGGCAGAGGUGGAAGAUUGAGCGCAGAGAUCCAUCUCACAUGAGUUGAUUGGAGUGCACCUUGGCCGUCCAUUCAUCCAUGCGUGAUGCCUGUAUGUGCGUGUGUGUGUGUGUGAGUGUGUGCGACUGAGUGUCUCUUUUUGCGUGUAGUCCGUUCGUCUGCGCAAAGGGGCCGAUGGACGGAGGCAGCGUAUUCUGUGCUCCGUGUAUAUGUGUGUGUGUGCUGGUUUUCGUCUCAAGUCAGGUCACCCAGGUAGUUCGACCUUAUGUAGGUUGCGUGAUGUGAUACCCUCAGCGAGUGUCGGCAGCUCUGUCUGUCGGUGCCGAAAAAUCCACCUGGUUGGAUGUUUUGGCUUUUUGUGCGUUGGCAAGGCGACAGAGAUGAAGAGAAUCAGAUAAAUGGACAGACUGAGUGAGUGAGUCUACACAUGUGCUGUAUUCUUUUCCUCUUGUUCCUUUUGUCUGCUGCCGUGUGUGUUGGUUGGCGUGUCGUUUGGUGAAGCGCCGGCACGUCACACACACUGAUGGGCCGGUGGCUCAUUGAGCAACGUGACAAGUGACGGACACGGGGAAGGAGAGCGAUGGCGAGAUGAUGCAUGAGCCGUGUUUGGUCCACACGCUUUGGCGCGGUGUUUGCUGUCUGCUUUGGUCGUACGUCGCCUUCUGCUGCUUGUACACCGAGGGGCAUCCCUUCUCGAUGAGCGACCGGCAGACACCGAUGUGCGACCAAAGCAGACAGACAGCAGUGAGUCUGCUGACAUGUGGUUGUUCGUCUGCGCGCGGUGGGUGCCAUGGGUCACCGACAAAAACAGUGUAUGAUUAAACGACGGUGUAAGUAAC